UGGGGACGGGAAAUAGGUUCUGUGUGCUCUCCGAGGGUAUUGUGUCAGGAGAUGCAGGCUGGCUACCAUGUGACGCGGUCCAAAGCUGAAGGGAUUGGCCGAGGCAGCGCAGGCGGUGCAGCUCGGCCGGCUUGCCGUUCCUCUCCCUUUCUCUCAGCAUCUUCCUGGUAGCCUUCCUGUAGGUGAAGCAGCACCAGCAGCAUCCAUGGCCUGUCUUUUGGCUUAACACUUAUCUCCUUUGGCUUCGGCAGCGGACGGAAUAGACCUCAGCAGCGGCGUGGUGAGGACUUAGCUGGGACCUGGAAUCGUAUCCUCCUGUGUUUUUUCAGACUCCUUGGAAAUUAAGGAAUGCAAUUCUGCCACCAUGAUGGAAGGAUUGAAAAAACGUACAAGGAAGGCCUUUGGAAUACGGAAGAAAGAAAAGGACACUGAUUCUACAGGUUCACCAGAUAGAGAUGGAAUUCAACCCAGCCCACACGAACCACCCUACAAUAGCAAAGCAGAGUGUGCGCGUGAAGGAGGAAAAAAAGUUUCGAAGAAAAGCAAUGGAGCACCAAAUGGAUUUUAUGCAGAAAUUGAUUGGGAAAGAUAUAACUCACCUGAGCUGGAUGAAGAAGGCUACAGCAUCAGACCCGAAGAACCCGGCUCUACCAAAGGAAAGCACUUUUAUUCUUCGAGUGAAUCGGAAGAAGAAGAAGAAUCACAUAAGAAAUUUAAUAUCAAGAUUAAACCAUUGCAAUCUAAAGACAUUCUUAAGAAUGCUGCAACUGUAGACGAAUUGAAGGCAUCAAUAGGCAACAUCGCACUUUCCCCAUCACCAGUGGGUGCAAUUAAAAGGAACUUAUCCAGUGAAGAAGUGGCAAGACCCAGGCGUUCCACACCAACUCCAGAACUUAUAAGCAAAAAGCCUCCAGAUGACACUACGGCCCUUGCUCCUCUCUUUGGCCCACCACUAGAAUCAGCUUUUGAUGAACAGAAGACAGAAGUUCUUUUAGAUCAGCCUGAGAUAUGGGGUUCAGGCCAACCAAUUAAUCCAAGCAUGGAGUCGCCAAAGUUAACAAGGCCUUUUCCCACUGGAACACCUCCACCACUGCCUCCAAAAAAUGUACCAGCUACCCCACCCCGAACAGGAUCCCCCUUAACAAUUGGACCAGGAAAUGACCAGUCAGCCACAGAGGUCAAAAUUGAAAAACUACCAUCCAUCAAUGACUUGGACAGCAUUUUUGGGCCAGUAUUGUCCCCCAAGUCUGUUGCUGUUAAUGCUGAAGAAAAGUGGGUCCAUUUUUCUGAUACAUCCCCGGAACAUGUUACUCCGGAGUUGACUCCAAGGGAAAAAGUGGUGUCCCCACCAGCUACACCAGACAACCCUGCUGACUCCCCAGCUCCAGGCCCUCUCGGCCCCCCAGGUCCCACAGGCCCCCCAGGGCCUCCUGGGCCUCCUCGCAAUGUACCAUCACCGCUCAAUUUAGAAGAAGUCCAGAAGAAAGUUGCUGAGCAGACCUUCAUUAAAGAUGAUUACUUAGAAACAAUCUCAUCUCCUAAAGAUUUUGGGCUGGGACAAAGAGCAACUCCACCUCCCCCACCACCACCCACCUACAGGACUGUGGUUUCGUCCCCCGGACCUGGCUCGGGCCCUGGUGCAUCAUCCCCUGCUCGACCAGCCACUCCUUUGGUUCCUUGCAGCAGUACUACUCCACCUCCACCUCCUCCCCGGCCUCCAUCCAGGCCAAAGCUACCUCCAGGAAAGCCUGGAGUUGGAGAUGUGUCCAGACCUUUUAGCCCUCCCAUUCAUUCUUCCAGCCCUCCUCCAAUAGCACCCUUAGCGCGGGCUGAAAGCACUUCUUCAAUAUCGUCAACCAAUUCCUUGAGCGCAGCCACCACUCCCACAGUUGGUUCUUCCAGGGGGCCCAGCCCCCUAACCAUGGGAGCUCAGGACACUCUGCCUGUUGCAGCAGCAUUUACAGAAACAGUCAAUGCCUAUUUCAAAGGAGCGGACCCAAGCAAAUGUAUCGUUAAGAUUACCGGAGAAAUGGUGUUGUCAUUUCCUGCUGGCAUCACCAGACACUUUGCCAACAACCCAUCCCCAGCUGCUCUGACUUUUCGGGUGAUAAAUUUCAGCAGGUUAGAACACGUCCUGCCAAACCCCCAACUUCUCUGCUGUGAUAAUACACAAAAUGAUGCCAAUACCAAGGAAUUCUGGGUAAACAUGCCAAAUUUGAUGACUCACCUAAAGAAAGUGUCUGAACAAAAACCCCAGGCUACAUAUUAUAACGUUGACAUGCUCAAAUAUCAGGUGUCUGCCCAGGGCAUUCAGUCCACACCUCUGAACCUGGCAGUGAAUUGGCGAUGUGAGCCUUCAAGCACUGACCUGCGCAUAGAUUACAAAUAUAAUACAGAUGCAAUGACGACUGCUGUGGCCCUCAACAAUGUGCAGUUCCUGGUCCCCAUCGAUGGAGGAGUCACCAAGCUCCAGGCGGUGCUCCCACCAGCAGUCUGGAAUGCUGAACAACAGAGAAUAUUGUGGAAGAUUCCUGAUAUCUCUCAGAAGUCAGAAAAUGGAGGGGUGGGUUCUUUGUUGGCAAGAUUUCAGUUAUCUGAAGGCCCAAGCAAACCUUCUCCAUUGGUUGUGCAGUUCACAAGUGAAGGAAGCACCCUUUCUGGCUGUGACAUUGAACUUGUUGGAGCAGGGUAUCGAUUUUCACUCAUCAAGAAAAGGUUUGCUGCAGGAAAAUACUUGGCAGAUAACUAAUGAAAUCUUAUGCAAGGAUUUGGAGGAUUCAUAUAAUGGAGAACUGAUGUAUGAGAAACAGGUUUUAAUUUUGGUUUGAUGAAAACAAACCAAUAUCUGCACUUGGGAUGUAUCAGGUGGAAAGUCAAUGACUUUCAUCUGUGAUUUCCCUCACACACUACCGUGAUGACCAGUCCUACAGUAUUUACUUCUAGGUGUAAUAUUGUUAAUGGUUUUAAAAUGUAAUUAUUGUAUUUGUAAAUUGUACUCUCAUUCCAGUAAGGCAGUUAGACACUUGAGUUUUAGCAUUUUACCAUUCCUGAAAUGGAUGUAAUUUAAACUGUGGUAUGUAAAUUUAAUAGUAGUAUUGUUGAAUGGCACAAUGCUUACAGAGGUAGAUUGCAUUUUGUCAAUAUAUAAAAUUUAAAUAUAAUAUUGAUAGCUGUCAUAAAGGGGGUGCCACAUAUUAAAGAAACUUAAGUGGAACCAGAAGAAAAAGAAACAAACUUACUUUUCUUCAACCCUUAGUAUGUUUUACUCUAGUGCUAAAUAAAAAUUCUAUCUUCAAAUGUUCAGUGGGUUAAAUUCAGAAACUAUUUCAGAAAAAAUUCUAAGGUUACAGCAUAUUCAAAGAAAAGCAUUAGUUACCACUUUUUAAAAAGCUUUUUUUUCAAACUGCAAAUUUCAUAAAAAUGCAAACUGUGUAAACAGGGCCUCUUAUUUUUAUAACUUGUGUAAAAAGGGAAAGCAAUUCAUAUUUAAAGUUUACGUAUAUUAAAUUAUAAUCAAGAGUAAAGAAGAUGUUGAAGUCUUAACUACUUGCCCCUCUCUACAGUUUAGCAAAUGUGGGGAUUGCUGAAUAAUCAGUCAGACUAAAGCCAAAAUUGUGAUUUUAAGAUUUCAAGACUUUCCAUAGUUGAACUGGUUAACAACUUUUGCUUAAUUACUCUGAAUAGAUGAUCUUACUCAUCCAGUAUGGGGGAAUGAUACCUCGCGUCUUCCUCUUUACCCACAGGAAUCAAAACGCUGAGACUGAGAAUUUUAGGGAAAAAAAAAAGUCCCCUGUUUAGAUCCAGAAGGAGAGUUUUAAUCAUUGUUUAUAUCAUUUGAGAAUGAAAAAAUAAGCUUUAUAAAUGAAAUUCUAUUCACAUUACUGUGUAAUAAAUUUCCUUUCGGAUGAUUGGGAUUCAUUGUAUAAAACUGUAAAUCUUUGCCAUUCUUGGAGAAGCAAGAGGAGAGUUAUCAAAAAUGUAUGUCAUUUCAUCGUUGCAAGGUAUAAUAAAAACUAAUUAUUCAAUCUGGCCCCAGCAUAUGAACAUUUAGAAAGACGAACUUCUUCGGGAGUCUCAGUUGUAAAACCUUCCCUCAUUAAGAUCAGAAAAUGUUAGUCUUCCUUUAAGUCAUAGAACUUAUUUAAACAUAAACCAACUUCUAUUACAGGUUAUGCUAUUAAAUAACUGUAAUUAUUAAGUUAUUAUUUUUAUAAUUAGUUGUUAAAUUUCAUUUUAUACCCACUCAAAUAUAACAAAGAAUUUUUAGCCCCUUUAAAUUUUAGAAUUAAAUUAAAUUUUUAAAGUCUUACUUCUAAAAUGAGAUUGUAACUGGCAAUUGUUUAUAGUGAAACUGUUUAAAUUAAUCUUUGUACUCCUCUAUCAGUGCUUGCUACCAAGAGAAUGUCCAAAAUGAUUUGUUUUACCAUGGGAAAAUUCUUACUAUUCAACAAACUCUCAAUUGGCCCCCUACAGCAGUCUGGUGUUGAAGUUUCUUUGAACAAACUAAUUAAUAUGCUCAUUUUAUGUAAAGGUAUCCAAUUUGAUUUUGAAACAAAAAUAGAAAAUGCAAAAUUCUAAAUUCCAUGAAACAUGGAAUUUAUGACACCAAAAUCAAUGGAGAGUAAGCAGCAGAAAACUGAGAAUUAUCCAGCAUAUGAAUAUAACAAUGUGUUUUUAAGUAAUCAAUUCAUUUAAAAAAUUGAAUAUUAAUACAAAGCAUAUUAAAAAUGUGUAAAUAUUA